AUGGCUGAUGAUAAAGAGACAAAGCAUGGAGGACACAAGAAUGGGAAGAAAGGAGGGCUCUCUGGAAGUUCAUUUUUUACUUGGUUUAUGGUCAUUGCCUUGCUGGGAGUCUGGACAUCGGUAGCUGUCGUUUGGUUUGAACUUGUUGAUUAUGAGGAAGUUCUAGGAAAGCUUGGAGUCUAUGAUGCUGACGGUGAUGGGGAUUUUGAUAUGGAUGAUGCCAAAGUUUUAUUAGGACUUAAGGAAAGAUCUGCCUCAGAGCCAAAAGUACCAUUGGAAGAGUUGGAGCCACAUGAAGUGCACGGGGAGCAGGCACCCUCUGAGGCAGAGUCCCAGAAUAUCGAAGAUGAAGUAAAGGAACAAAUUCAGUCCCUUCUCCAUGAAACGGUACAUACAGAACAUGGGGAGGACCUGCAUCAAGAAGAGGAUGCACCAGCAAGAGAUCAGGAACUGGAAGAUGAAGAUUUCCUUACAGGAAAUGAUGUAGAGGAGAAAUUUGAGAACCUGGAAACUGAAACAUUUCAUGAAGAAACUGAGGAGAGUUACCACAUGGAAGAGACAGCUCAACAGGAUGAUAAUCAGGGCACGGAAGAGAUGAUAUCUGAACAGGAAAAUCCAGAUUCCAGUGAACCAGUAGUAGAUGAUGAAAGGUUGCACCAUGAUGCAGAUGAUACAACAUACCAAGUCUAUGAUGAGCAAGUAUAUGAACCAUCGGAAAAUGAAAGAAUAGAAAUUUCAGAUAAUGCUGUAGAAGAUUCAAACAUAAUUUCAGAAGAAGGGACUGCUCCCCCUGCAGAAGAACAACAGGAAGUACCAGCAGAAACAAUUAGCAAGACAAAUGAUCCAGAACAAAAAGAAAAAGUUAAGAAAAAGAAGCCUAAACUUUUAAAUAAAUUUGAUAAGACUAUUAAAGCUGAACUUGAUGCUGCAGAAAAACUCCGUAAAAGGGGAAAAAUUGAGGAAGCAGUGAAUGCAUUUGAAGAACUAGUGCACAAGUACCCACACAGUCCACGGGCGAGAUACGGAAAGGCACAGUGUGAAGAUGAUUUAGCCGAGAAGAGGAGAAGCAAUGAGGUGCUCCGGGGGGCCAUUGAGACUUACCAGGAGGUGGCCAGCCUGCCCGAUGUCCCCGCAGACCUGGUGAAGCUAAGUUUGAAACGGCGGUCAGAAAGACAACAAUUUCUAGGUCACAUGAGAGGUUCCCUGCUGACCCUACAGAGAUUAGUUCAAUUAUUCCCCAAUGAUUCUUCCUUAAAGAAUGACCUUGGAGUGGGAUACCUCUUGAUAGGAGAUAAUGACAAUGCCAAGAAGGUUUAUGAAGAGGUUCUGACUGUGACACCUAAUGAUGGCUUUGCUAAAGUGCAUUAUGGCUUUAUCCUGAAAGCACAGAACAAGAUUGCAGAGAGUAUUCCCUACUUAAAGGAAGGGAUAGAAUCUGGUGAUCCUGGCACUGAUGAUGGGCGAUUUUAUUUCCACUUAGGAGAUGCCAUGCAGAGGGUUGGGGAUAAAGAGGCAUAUAAGUGGUAUGAGCUUGGGCACAAGAGAGGACAUUUUGCAUCUGUUUGGCAACGAUCCCUCUACAAUGUGAAAGGACUCAAAGCUCUGCCAUGGUGGACCACAAAGGAAACAGGCUACACAGAAUUGGUGAAGUCCUUAGAAAGAAACUGGAAGUUAAUUCGUGAUGAAGGCCUGGCAGUGAUGGACAAAGCCAGAGGCCUCUUUCUGCCUGAGGAUGAAAACCUGAGGGAGAAGGGCGACUGGAGCCAGUUCACACUCUGGCAGCAAGGAAGAAAAAAUGAAAAUGCUUGUAAAGGAGCUCCUAAAACCUGUACUUUACUAGAAAAAUUCCCUGAGACCACGGGAUGCAGAAGAGGACAGAUCAAAUAUUCUGUCAUGCACCCGGGGACGCACGUGUGGCCGCACACGGGGCCCACAAAUUGCAGGCUCCGAAUGCACCUGGGUUUGGUGAUCCCCAAGGAAGGCUGCAAGAUCAGAUGCGCCAACGAGACCAAGACAUGGGAAGAAGGCAAGGUGCUCAUCUUUGAUGAUUCCUUUGAGCACGAGGUAUGGCAGGAUGCCUCGUCUUUCCGGCUGAUCUUCAUCGUGGAUGUGUGGCACCCAGAGCUGACACCCCAGCAGAGGCGCAGCCUUCCUGCAAUUUAG